UGCGGUGGGCGACGAUCCGAAGGUAGGCGGCAGUCCGCAACGGGCCGCCGCCACGCCGCCAGGGCACCGGGCAACAGAUGGAGGCGCCCAGAAGCUGAUGAUAGAACAACUCAAACCUGUGCCACGACCCACCGCAUUUAAAGAACUUCAGCCAGGACAGCCUAAACAACAACGGAACAUGUAGCUUGGAAGCCUCGGCGAUGACAAUCGAGAUGUGGAACAGCGCCAGACACUGACUCAACCAACGACCCAGCAAGAUCCAAGACGUCGCUCCAGUCCAGUGGUACUCAACCUGACCCCUACUGGUCACUAGUGGGCGUUCCAGCUUUCAAGGUGGGCGGUGGGAGAUGUCAGGUGACCGGCUGCUGGUGCGCUGGGAGCGGCACGAGUGCGGCGUGCUGCGGAACCUGCGGCAGCUGCUGGCCGCCGAGGCGUUCGUCGACGUCACGCUGUGCUGCCAGGGGCGCCGGCUGCGCGCGCACCGCCUUCUCCUCUCCGCCUGCAGCCCCUACCUGCAGCGAGUGCUGCUGGACCACCCGUUGGGGCUGGGCGAGUCGGUGACGGUGAUCCUGCACGACGUGCUGCACGAAGACAUGCGGCGCCUGCUGGAGCUCAUGUACAGCGGCGUGGCCGAGGUGCCGGCCGGCGAGCUGCCGCGCUUCCUGCGGACCGCACAGGCGCUCCAGGUCAGCGUGAUGCAGUCGGCCGAGCUGCGAGUCUGCGGGGCGCCCGCCGCCGACCCCGCCACCAGCUCGCCGCCCCCGUCCUGCCCCAAGGCGGCAGAGUCGCCGCAGCAGCAGUCGAGGUCGAGCCAGCCGCCGCUGCCUUCGCUCCCAUCCCUAGAUGCGCCGCCGGAAGGUUUGCCUCCGCAGCCCGAUGCACCCGCGCCGACCCAGCUGCCUUCCUCCCCCACGCAGCGGCCUAGGUCUCCGCUGAGAGCCACGUCCCCGCCCGGGUCGGACGCCGCUCUCUGCCCGCAACCGAACGCGCUGCUUCGGCCGCCGGCGCCGCCCUACUCGGUGACGGCGGCGGAAGCGCCGACGCUGCACGCCGUGACUCAGCGACACGAACCCCAACCCUGGCCGCUGUUCCCGCCCACCGCCGUUGCGCAGCAGCCGCUCGACGACAACGGAAACCGAUCGCAAGGUGCCACAGCAUUUAUCACCGCACAGCACGACCAACCCGCCGAGCAGAACGUGCGACAAACUGAGCUGCCAAAUGUUGCUGACAGUCCGCGGCUGAAGAUGUUACUGGCUGCUGGCAGCGGCGCCUCGGCACUUCUUCCGGUCCUUGAGAAGAGUCUGUUAGAUUCCAACGACGUCUCAACUCCUGCCGGCAGUGAUGUCGGUUGGUACCCCCACAAACAGCUACAAUUCCCGACGUCUCACCAUCACCGGGCUUCGUGUCCGCCUGCUGAGCAUCAGCCUCUGAAUCAGUCACCCCAGCAGAUGUCUGCACAAUUACAUCCGCCAGCGAACGCUGUAGCUUUGUACGAGCAGCUGCCGCCGCCACAUCAGGCAAAUCCACCACCACUAACAACUCAUUCAGUUCCACCAGCGCCAUCACGAGCACAGCCAGAUCCACCACCACCACCACCAGGAUCAGCAGCAACAGCUAAACAAGAUUCCGCUACCUCACCGCCGCUACAUCAGCGAGGUCCUCUUCCUCUUCCUCCUCCUCCUCCUGCGUCACCAUCACUACCACCAUCUCAACCAGGUCCACCACCACCUCUAACACAACCAUCACCACAAUCACCACCACCACCACCACCACCACCACCACCACCACGUCAGCUUGGCCUACCUCUACAGCCAGUUCGCUCAGAUCCUCAACAAUUAUCAACACAACCGGAACCCACGCCGCACCACCAGUCACGGAAGCCGCCGCAGCCAUCGCAAAAACGUGAGGAGUGUCCUACUGCAGCACCAUACGCCGGAGCGAAGACAAAUCACAUGUGUGAAGAGUGUGGCAAGUUCUUUGCCACAAAGACAUCGCUUAAGGCGCACGGACGCACGCACACGGGGGAGAAGCCGCACCGCUGCCCGCAGUGCGGGAAGGCGUUCAGCCAACUGCGCAACUACAAGUACCACAUGUCGGUGCACGCGGGCACACGCGAGUUCGCGGCCGCCUGCCCCGAGUGCGGCAAGGUGUUCAACGACCGAGGCUACCUCAGCUCGCACAUGAAGAUCCACCGCAACCGCAAGGAGUACGCGUGUGCAGACUGCGGCCGGCGCUUCAACCAGCGCGUCGCCUACAAUAUGCACGUGCGCACGCACACGGGUGAGCGGCCGCACGCCUGCGCGCUCUGCGGCAAGGCCUUCUCCCGCAAGAUGCUGCUCAAGCAGCACAUGCGCACGCACACCGGCGAGAAGCCGUUCACCUGCGAGAUAUGCAGCAGGCAGUUCGCGGACCGUAGUAACAUGAAGCUACACCUGCGCAUUCACUCGGGCAUCAGGCCGUACUCGUGCAGCGAAUGUGGCAAGGCGUUCACCAAGAAGCAUCACCUGAAGGCACACAUGAACCACCACACCGGCCUGCGGCCCUAUAGCUGUGAUCGCUGCGGUGCCACCUUCAGCCAGUCCAGCAACAUGCGCACCCACCGCAAGAAGUGUUCUGCUCCCGUGCCACCACCUGCUAGAGAUAUUUGCGACAACAGGACAGGGCAGCAACCCUCAGGCAUGCCUAGAGCUGCUGGCACUAGUGUCAUCAUGCGUGUGUAUGGAGAGCUGGUGCAGCACACAUCGACAUCAGCACCCAUGUCCACAGGCCAGCAGCACAUUGAACUCGCCCUUGCCAAGGAUGUCGUGGGGGACAAUGGUGCACUGCUUCACUAA